AUGUCCAUCACCCAGCUGCAGGCAGAGCCCACAGCUGCGGCGAUAAAGCCGAAGCCCAUCGUGUUUGACGACCUGAAGCCUCUUGCGGACAUGUACCAGAGGGAUCCCGUGCCCAAGAAGUUUGAGUACACUGACGCAGAGCUGGAGACAUUCUUCCGGACAGAGGUGGUGCCCUUCAUGGCGGCCAUGCACAAGCUCGCCGAUACGUACAACAACAUUCUGGCUGGCGGAGAGCACGCGUGUCUCGUGGCGGAGUGCAAAGACGGGAAAUACCUGUUUGAGAAGCUCAUGAGCGCCAAGGCCGUCGAGGGGUUCUACCUCUUGCAGCCAGCUGCUGUAUACGAAUGGAGUAGGGAGGCGCUCAGACAUAAGAGAGAGACAUGCACAUUGUCAUGUCUCCUUGUCAUGUCUAUUUCAUCUUGUGUCUUGUGUCUGUAGAGGUGACCCCCGAACUGGUUCUGUACCAGGAUCGCUUGGCUCGGCAGCUCUACACUGAGGCCAAGGCCUACGCGGAAGACUUCCCCAAGAGGCCCUAUUUGCCCAAGCGACCCCCCCAGGUCCCCGACCUCAACGCACUCACGGUCCCCAAGCAAUUGGAUGAGCUCGCCAAAUAUCUCCUCGUGAGCGGCUUGAUGAUGGCUGUAAAAUCCGGUGUGCGCACGAAGGACAUUCUCUGGUGUCUCUGUAAUGAUGUGCAGGAUAAGCUGGUUAACAAGGUCGAUGUCGUCGCAUCAGAGUUGCAGGCCUUCUUCAAGACGGCCCUUCCCAAAACCCUGCAAAUCCUGCCGGCUUCUACAACGAGGUCAGGGCUGCCUUCGAACCGGUGCACGAGAGGCUCAAGGGCACCGACUACGGCAAGGCAUUCGACAACUUCGUCGCAUACGAGGCUGCCAAAAGUAAGGCGGACGUCGAGACACCAACACAGAAGAGGCAGAAGCAAGUGAACUCUGCUGGUUGUCAUUCAGUGACCCGCGAGUUCCGUCGCUACUUCGACACGGCAACCCUUGUCGACGAGGUGGUCCGCAGCAAGUAUCUCAAGGAGGUGGCGGCUUCUAUCGUCAAAGACGGCGAGCACCGGCUGCCGUCCAUCGGUCGCUACGACAGGGACUCCGACAAGAAGCUCUACACUCUGUUCCAGGAGGCCUUCAAGACAGGCUCCGUCAUCACGGCAUCGGUGUCCGUGCCGGCAGACUGUCCCCUCAACGAUCCACUCUGCACGAGUGUAUCCCAAUUGCCCACAGUCAGUUUCCAAGACGUCAAGCCGGCCUGGGCAACCACAGCCCCAGACGACUGGACCCACUUCCUGGACAAAUUUGCUGUUCCCUUUUUUGAGACCCUGCGGCUAAGGGGAGACAAGUACUACAAGGACCCGAGUGAGGAGAAGAAGAAGGUGUUCAGGGACUAUCUUCCGACACUGGCGGUAAGGUAAGAUUGGUGGCACCGUUGCCCGCCCCUGCAUCAUCCCCUGAUCUCACCUGGUCUGUCUCAUCAGGUCGAUAGCUACUACCUGCUGAUCAACGUCGCGCGGCAGCACACUUCGCCUGAACCCGGGGAAACGCCCAUCCGCCGGCGGCUGAUGCUUCAGGCCACCCCCGAGCACCUGAGUGCGAUGCAGGUGAGAGAGACACAGCUGCAUGUGUGUGGGUGAGAGUUGUGUGUUCUGCAGAAAACCACUGCGGAGGGGGCGGACCUGUAUAUCACUCAAGUACAGCCCCCCGAAGUGGUCAUCCCCCCAGCCGCCCUGCUCACGGAAUCCGAGCAACUCAUUGUCAAGAUGAGCAAGGAGGCUGUCGAGGCGGCCAAACAGUACGGUGACGCCUUCGUCAAGCUGCCCUUGCUGCCGCCCCUGCUGCCCUGGGGCUACCUGCAGCCCGCCAUCCCCAAGGCCCCAGCGGCCAUGCCAUUCAUCCCCUCUUACAAGCCAUAUGGCGGGGCGGCUUUGGUCACAAAGGGGGAGUCGCUGGUGGUAUUCCCCACUCUACGGCAGAUGACGCCGCCCAGCGUUGGGUUGCCGGCGUAUGGCGGGUCGAGUGAGGUGGUCAACAUGGUGUUUGUCAGGGAGUAUCGGGCCAUCCUGUAUUCGAGGGAGAGGGAGGUCGACCUGACCGGCGCUUUGCCAGAGACACUGACUAGAGAGCUGACGGUCUACGCCAACUCCUUCCUCAAGGCUGUCGCCGUCAAGGUACUUAUACAGACGAACUCUCUGUGGCUGGCAGUUUCUUUCCAUACUCUCUCUCGAUGCCAUUCCUCUUAUAUCGUCAGGUGUCUGCCAAGAGGCCUUCCUUCGACGUUGAGCAGUACAGCGCGUAUGUCGAUCUGGUCGCGAUGUAUGCUUACGGAGACCUCAGACAGGUAGGUGCAGAGAGACAGAGACCUCAGGUGGGAGGCACACAAAACACGCACACGCACCGCCAGCCUUGCACUCGGCAGUGCCCAUCCCUGCAGCUUGACUGUUGGCGCCACGGGAUGCAGCGACUGACGUCCAUCAUUUAGCAGCUGUCUCUGCUGUCUCGCACCUCUGUCACUGAGGUGAGGGAGGCCCGAGAUAGGGACCGCAGCUCUAUCCAAUGAUCUUAUCUCCGUGUGUGGUCCAUCCACUUUAGGUGACCCACAAUGAGGCGUUAGCCGAGGCUUCCCAGAUGGUAUUCAGCACGCUAAGAAGGUGAAAGCCUAUCAGCGCACACCUGUCUGCGAUCGAUCAAUGAAGAAUGAUUCACGCACGCCACGCCACGCCGAUGUGUGUGUCCUCUGAGGUCUGUUUCCUGUGUAUGUGCUUCUGUUGUGUGCAUUUUUCAACUCGUGUCUCGUGCAAAAGGCAUGUGUAUGUGCUGGUGUUGGCUCUUUGUAUGCGCGUUGUCGUGCACUCGUUGUUCUUUUUCGUUGGUGUGUGCUCGCUGCACGGGUGGUGGUGGGCCGUGUGCAGGUAGUCGUGCACUUGUUAUGUUUUGUGUGUUGUGUGUCGUGUGUCGUGAUGCAUGUGUGCGUGUGGUACCUGUUGGUGGUGGUAAGUGUGCUCGCCUGCACCUAUGCACUGAGUCGUGGUUCUUUUUCGUUGCCGUGGUGGCGGGUUGGUUUUUGUGGUUGGUUGAAUGCGUGAUCGUCGGUGUCGUAUGUGUUGGUUUUGUGUGCUCGCCUGCACUUACAUAUGUAUGCGCGCGUAGUCGUGCGGCAUCGUGUGCUCGCUGCACAAAGGGGGUAUGUAGUGCGGGUUUUGUUGUGGUGCUUAGGGCCAUGAUGAAUGAAUGAGCAAGCUGGGGGGUCUGUCUAACGCAGAAAAUGGGUUUACUGGUAUAGCAAGCAACUGGCUGGCGACAGAGUGUUAGUGCGCUAGGGACCGACCCACUCACACACACAAGCUGCCUCGAUUGUAGGUGUGCAGUGGAUCGGUUAGGCUGACCGGGUGAGUGGGGGCGGGGAUAAGGGGGAGGGCGGUCAACUGGCUCACCACACAGUGACUUCCGCCGCCAGAUGCCACGGCACUGGCUGGCUGGGGUCUGGCUGGUUGGUUGACUGGCUCCCUGCCCACCCAUUCUAUAAACACAUACAUGCUGUUCGCGACCUCAUUUUCUCUCCCCUGCAUACCCUACGUACAUGUCAGGCCUGGUCAUCUGCCAGAGACACACAGAGGCACACAGGUCAUCUGCACGCACUGACACGGGAGGCAUUCCUCCGUUUUCAUGUCUCUAUGUGUUUUUGUGUGCAGCGGACCCAGAUGGCAGUUCUCACAGUACGGACAGACAGCGGAUGUGUAUCGCCAGAAGUCGCACAUGCCCUUUUUGGUGUGGUGUGGUGUGCCGUUGGUUGUGCGUACGAUCAUCUCAGCACAUGGAGAGUUUCCGUUUCCACCGAUGUCAUCUUGUGACCAGGCCACUGACACUUGUACUGACAAAGGUAUGUAUAUGCCUAUGUACACACGACCCGCACACAAUCUGACUAGUGUGCAGCUGAUGUGUCAAUGCUGCGUCUUGGUCCAGGACAUUGUGUCCGUGAGGCAAUGA